GAAACGGGCUCGAGCUGUGCCAGAGCGGUGACGCAUCUCUCCCGUUAUUCCGGCAAUGAUCACCUGGACUCCCCUUGUUAUUGUUACCGUCCCGGUUUGGCGGCAGUGUUGCUGUUAUGUACGCUAACAUCCCAUUCGACGCACAGGUUUCGGUUGUCCCUGCCCGCCUUCCCUUUCUUAUAACUUUCGAGAGAGCGUUUUAAAUUGCACAACUGGACUCCUCCCACGCGCACCCGUAGCAACCCUGGUGUUCCUCCUAUGUUCUGGUCAAAGCGGCUCAACGCGCGAAUCCAGUCAACUACUGUAGCCCUAUCCCUCAUCUCUCUUCCAAAAACGGAAAAGGAAGACGAUAUUACAUUGAAAUAAUGACCACCGCUGCCGGUAAAGAAAUGUCCAACUGAAACUCCGAAUGAUUGUGCUAGAAGUGAACAGGUAGGCUAUGACGCCCGUGUGGAAACAACGGUUCGGAUGCGGUUACGCCGCGCCAGGCACGAGAUGGAGAGCGGCAUGUCAGUCAAGAGAUUCCUCCCUCUCUAAACGUAUGGGGGGUAUUCCUCACCCUCAGGCCUGGCCCUCUCUCCCCCUCCCCCACCUUGAACCCCUCCCUCCAGCCACUAGGACACAUCUCCCUAGUCCUUUUCCAGUCUUCCACACUCGUCAUGCUGAGCAGAGUGCCGAGCGACCACGCUUGGUUACUGUGGUCCGACCAUGCGGUCACAGCACCCUCAGGAAGGUGACAUUGCUGUUGAAUCGUAGGAGCGUGGUCUCGUACGAGCAGCUUCUAUUGGACGUCUCCGAGGCGCUGGGGUUCCCUCGCUGGCACAGGGCCAGAGUCACACGCCUCUACACACCACACGCACGAGAGGUGCGAGGUGUGUGUGAUUUCUUCCGUGGCGAAGCAGCGUUCCUGGCAUUGGGAAAGUCUCGUCCAGAGCUCCAGAGUGUCGAGGAGGCCCUGGAGGAGCUGUUUCCACAACAUACCUGCUACCGCAACGACGCACUCCGGGCCUGGGAGAGGAGGUUACAACCUUCACCUGAUAAAGCUGCCAAGGCCGACAGCGGAUAUAGCGAGGGGACAGACAUACACACACACCCUGACAAGGAUACACACACAAGCCUCGACACGAACACACAGACAUACAGUGUUACAUACACACAGGGAUGCAACCUGGACACACACACACAUACGCACCAAGACACACUGACACAACCAAAUACACACCGCAUAACACUGACACACCACAAUACAUACCCAAAGAGGCACUCCACACACAAAAACAAACACCCAACUAGACAGCCCAUACACCCUAUUCACACACACCUCGACACGGAUGCGCACACACAUAGACACCCUAACACGCAUUCUAACCAACACACCACACACCCCUCUCACCCCCCCAAUCACCUUCAGAGGGUCAAAGUGAAAGUUGCAGCCAAAGAGAUUCUCUCCUCACCGAUAGGUCCCCCCACCCAGGAGGAGGAGCUAGGAGAGGAGCUAGACACGCCCCCUACUCCACUCUGCAGGAACUGUAAGCCUUCUGAAGGACCCAAUCCGAGAGCAGGGAGGGCUCCACUUCCUCCCGUAACCAGGAAGCAAACAGGAAACGGACCAAACGACCAGGAAGUAGAGAAACCUCACGUCGGUCCCACCCCACUCCACACUGGACCAAUCUGCAGGCUUGAUGAGGAGUCCCUCAGCCAAUCAGAACCUUCAUCCUCAGAGUCUAAACAGGAAGAGGCGAGGACUAAACAGGAAGUGAUAUUUGACCUCCCAUCUGAUGGUAGUGAUGUCACCCUGUCAGACAUUGAGCGUUGCUAUGACAUUGGCCGCAUGGUCGGAGACGGGAACUUUGCUGUUGUGCACGAGUGUCAUCGGCGUGACAAUGGGGAAGCCUUCGCUGUGAAGAUUGUGGAGCACUCAAAGCUCAUUGGCCGAGAGCACAUGAUGCAGAAUGAGCUGAGCCUUCUGGGUAGCCUGUCACACCCCCGCGUGGUUCGCCUCUUCACACACCACCACACACACACACACUCCUAUCUCGUCAUGGAAAUGGUUGCCGGGGGCGACCUGUUUGAGGCAAUCGCGGUCUGUGGGAAGUUUCCAGAAGAGGAGGCAGGGCUGAUGGUGUGUGAUGUCAGCGAGGCUCUGAGAUACAUCCACAGCAAGACCAUAGUACAUAGAGAUCUGAAACCUGAAAACCUACUGGUGGAAUGCAGUAGUGAUGGAGUCAGUAGGUUGAAGCUGGGUGAUUUUGGUCUGGCCAUGGUUGUAACAGAACCCAUCUUCACUGUGUGUGGAACUCCCACCUAUGUCGCCCCGGAGAUCCUCUCAGAGACAGGGUAUGGUCUGCCAGUAGACCUGUGGGCAUUGGGAGUGAUACUGUACGUCCUUCUUUGUGGGUUCCCUCCGUUCCGGAGCAGAGACCGAGACCAAGGGGAGCUGUUCCAGAUGAUCAGAGAGGCUCACCUCACCUUCCUGUCACCUUACUGGGAUGACAUCUCAGACGGAGCGCGAGGCCUGGUGAGAGCCUUGCUGCAGGUGGAUCCAACAGAAAGACUGACGGCAGCUCAGACUCUUAUGCACCCCUGGAUUCAGACCACUACUGACCAGUACAGACCAACACAGACCACUACUGACCAGUACAGACCAACACAGAUCAGUACUGACCAGUACAGACCAACACAGAUCAGUACUGACCAGUACAGACCAACACAGACCACUACUGACCAGUACAGACCAACACAGACCACUACUGACCAGUACAGACCAACACAGACCACUACUGACCAGUACAGACCAACACAGAUCAGUACUGACCAGCAGAGCCCAGCACAGCCGAGCAAAGGCCAACACCGACAUGAACCGAUCAGUGCAAACCAGCAGAGCCCAGCAAAGACCAGCACAGAACACUACAGACCAGUACAGAGUCCAACCACAGACCAGUCCCGACCAGCACAGACCGCUACAGAACACCACAGACCAGUACCAACCCCAGACCAACAGCGACCACCACACCCAAUCCCCCCAGCGCACCACCCACCCACCCAGCCAGCCUCAUCUCCUCACUCCAGCACCCAGCCAGACCCAUCUCCUCACUCCAGCACCCAGCCAGACCCAUCUCCUCACUCCACCACCCAGCCAGCCCCAUCUCCUCACUCCAGCACCCAGCCAGCCCCAUCUCCUCACUCCAGCACCCAGCCAGCCCCAUCUCCUCACUCCACCACCCAGCCAGCCCCAUCUCUUCACUCCACCACCCAGCCAGCCCCAUCUCCUCACUCCACCACCCAGCCAGCCCCAUCUCCUCACUCCACCACCCAGCCAGCCCCAUCUCCUCACUCCAGCACCCAGCCAGCCCCAUCUCCUCACUCCACCACCCAGCCAGCCCCAUCUCCUCACUCCAGCACCCAGCCAGCCCCAUCUCCUCACUCCACCACCCAGCCAGCCCCAUCUCUUCACUCCACCCCCCAGCAGGACCCAUCAACUGCUCCCCAGCCCCCCGGCAGUAGCACCUCUCAACCGCCCCACCCAAUUUCCCCACCCUCCAUCCUAUCCACAGCAACAUCCAAACCCAGCUGCCACCCACCUGGCAGAACUCUCAAUCUGCCCUCCCACUCCACCCAGCCUCCACCCCUCCACCCACCCACCCUGCCUCCCUCCCUCCCAACACCCACCCAUUCCCAGCCGAAUACCCACCCAGUCCCAGUCCCAGCACGCAGUGUCCCACCCCUCAACCCUUCCUCCUGAAUGAUGGGGUUCCUGAAACUUUAAACGCUUCUCCAGGAAUUGAAAAGAUCUGGUAUUCUGCACAGACCCUGUUCAGGAUUGUGUAUCUGGAACUCACCAAUUGUCAUACACUGAUGUUCAGUUCCAUUCCAAUAAAAUAGUCAUCAACAACUUUACCAUUUAGGUUGUAGUAUUUAGUUCAGUAAAUUAUCUAGCAUAACAGAUAACUCUAAUAGUUUCAAUACAUGUUUUUUUCUGACAAUGUGUGUAUUACACACGCUUCCCCUUUGUACUGCACUAACAAUAAAUAACUUUCAACUGA